AGUUUUAUUUUCUACCCCUCAUGGAGCGGGUCCUGUUAACGAUCGACCACAAACAUUAUCUCGUGUCUUUUGGCUAAAUUAUAUAUUUUACUAUAAAAAUUACUAAUUUAUUGGGCUCGAUUUGUGGCAUAAUUUCAUUUAAUUGAUUGGCCUUUUUGCCGUUUUUGCUUUGAUAUUAAAUUCGCUUGUCUGUUAUUAUUGCUCCUCUUUUGGUUUCGGUUUUGGUGUGUGCCUUCUGCUUCUUCCACAAAACUACACAACUACGACGACGACGACGAGACCGAGUCGACCAUUAUUCAUUCAAUUGAUUUGCUUUUUAGUUUUUCGUGCUUCGUGCUUCGUUUUCGUUUCGUGCAACAACCAACAAACAAAACAAAAUAGAAUUCUUGUUUGCCCCAAAGUGAAAUGAAAGAAAAAAAAGAAGAAAAAUAACGUGAAGUAAAGACUAAAGAAGAAGACAAAACGAAACGAAAAGUAAAAGCAAAAGCAAAAAAGGACAUCGCAUCGAAUAUCCUUGGAGAUUUUUUGUUGUUGUUUUUGAAACAAUAAUAAUUUUUGGGUACUUUGAGAAAUUGUGAGUUGAGAAAAGAGAAAAGUUUUUAAUUUUUUAAUAAUUAAGAAAAAGGUUACGAUGAAGCUGAAGUAAAAGAACGACGACGAAGAACAAGGCGAAGAAAGAAGGCAAAAGGAAUAUUGAAAAAGUUUUCCUAAACUGGCGGAUGAUUUUGCAUUUGCAUUCAUUCUCUUUCGUGUUCGUGUUCUUGUAGUGGGAUUUUCUUUCCUUUUUAUUAUAUUUUCGUAUUUCAUCACGAAAGAGGAAUUGCUAAUAGAAUAAGAAAAAUAUAAUAUUAUCUCGUAUAUCUUUAUCUGCCUCAGCCCUCAACCUCAAGCUGAAUUGAAUGAAUUUGGUUAUGGUUUUGGAUUUGGAUUUGAUCAUUUCCUUCCAUUAGCAUUUAGCGUUAACAUUAAGUUGAUCUGUGUUUUCUGCUACCGCUAAAUGGCAGAGGUGGUGGAAAUCCUGCGGAGUCGACAUAAUCAACAAAUGAGUCUUUAAAAACAUCAUUUGUACAUGAAACGGGCACCUUUGACUUGGCAUAGAUAAAAUGUCCGCUCGAAAACCAUUAGCUAGGAUGGAUCCUUCUACUACUGCUGAGUCCCUUGAAAAAGAGGAAACAACAAAAGAAAGUUCUCCUGUUACCGAAACCAAUGCUGAUAAAACUUCUACCACAGAAAAUGGAGACAAAUCAGAAACAGUAAUUAACUGUGAAAUAAAAGAAUCAGACAUAAAACAAGAAAAAUCCGAUACCGACGAUGGAAAAAGAGUGACUCGAAAUUCACCAAUGAUGCAGACAGCAUCGCCUUUAAAGAAAAAACGCAGUGAGUCACAAGAACAAGAGGCAUCUUCUGAAUCUACAAGAAGUGAAGUAGAUGAAGCUGGAAAGGUUAAAGACAAAAAUGAUAAACCCACAACUUCUCGUGGACGCAAACCACACGACCCAGCCAAUAAACCAACAGGAACUGUGGUUCCAACUACAAAUCGAAUGACAAGAAAGGCAGCAAUGAAAGACUGGGCAGCAAAUACGAGAUUAACACGGGCAAGAAGGACGAGUGCUGGAAUAGGAACAAGGCCAGAAACACCUCUAAAGAGAAAGAAUGUAGGUAGGCCACCGGGUGCUGCUAAGAGGAAGCGUUCGAUUUCUCCAAAGCCCAACUCCGAGGAACCCGAAGCUAAAAUAAUUAAGACAGAGGAUCCAGAUUUUGACAUGGAUUCCAUAACAAUUAAACAAGAAAUCUUAGAGAGUAGCGAAGAAAUGACUUCCGAUGUGGCUUCUGACAUUACAGACAUGUUUCCAGCAGAGCCAACAGCAGCAAGAAUUUCGCUUCGGGCAAGAAAAACUACAAUGUGUUAUUCCCCAACAACUCGAGUCUAUCGAAAAGACAAAGAGAAAACCGAUGCCAGGAAGAAAAAACAAAGUAAAGUUCGUCCUGAUGAGGAUAGCAAAGAUUCGAUGGCUUCAUCGACCAUAGAUGAUGAUGGCAACGAAACUCCAAGUAUUCCAGACGUUUCUCUAAAAACGGAUGCGGUGGCUAAUGGCACAGAAACAAAGAACGAUGCACAAACGUUUAGUGUUAAUAAAAUGCCAAUCAAAGCAGAAACUCCUGCAUUGAUAGAAAUACAAUUAAACGAUAUUCCCGCUGCAAUCAUUUCCGAGAAGCUUGUGCAAAAAGAAGACCCGACUUGUGAAAGUCAGCUUCAAAGUUCAUCGCUCUUGAACUCCGAAGAAUCAAUUGAUACUCCACUUAGCGUAGACACGACAGAUCUGAAACAUGAGGUUCCCAGCACAAGUGCAGCUGCUGGAAGCUCAGAACAAUCAAACACCUCUGAUAAAUCAGCUUCUCUCAGUCCUGAAAUGGUAAGCGAGGGCGUAUGCGAGAUAAGUGUAAAGCAGUUUUACAAAAAGCCAGAAUUUUUAGAGAACAAUCUUGGCAUUGAAAACGACCCUAAAUUAGGCGAAAUCGUUCAAAACGUAACUGAAGAAAUGGAAGAUACUGCUGAUCAAGCAAAUACAUCCAACGAUUCCAUCAAAGAAGGAGAACUUGUGUUCGAAGAGGAUGAAGACGUAGAAAGCAUUGGAACCAUAAAGAACGACCAGAACGAAGGAGAUGAUGAUGUAAAUAGCGUAAGCACUGGUUUUAUUUCUCCCUUGCUUGUCGAGGAGGAGGAAGAAGAGAAUGAAGAGCGGACUUUUUUGAAUGGCGAUGAGCAUUUUGAGGAGACAUCAAAUACUGAAGAUGUUUCAACUGGAAAAGAUGAACCAUCAAUUAUUAAAGUUGAACAAACCGAAGUCGCCGAGUCAAGUUCUGACGAUAUAGCUCCUAAACUAUCCGAAACUAUCGAAGAAAAGUUACCUGAAGCAUUAAAUGAUGAAGGAACAACUUCUCCAAAGGCUGAAAGUGAAAAGCUAAACAAUAAAAACACAGAUUCUGUAGCCAUGGAAACAGAUGACAUUGAAGCUGAAAAAGAUUCUAUAGUUGCAUCCUCUAAUUGUAUGGCUGUGGAUAAGAAAGAAGCUCACCUUGAAAAGACCGAAUUAUGUGAUAAGAAAGUUAAAAGUGAUAACUGCAUUAAAGAUGAGAAACCUGUGGAAAAUACAACAGAAGCUGUUGAUAAUAAAGUAGAACUUUUGGAUCAAGAGAAGUUAAAUGUCAAAGAGGACCAACUUGAAAAUGAAACAAGUGGACAAGAGGAAACCAAAAUUAUAGCAGACCGGGAAGAAAAUAAAGAAAACGUGGAGCUAAAGGGCGAAGCUGACAAAACAGAAGAUUGUCAGGAAACCCUCAAACCCUCAAUAGAGAAAGAAAGCUCCGCAGAUGAACAGGAAGAGACCUCCUCGGAAUCUUCAAAAAAUUCAUCUCCCACCAAAGCUGAAGCAAUGGAAUCUUCUGGAGAAGCCACAACACCAUCUACAUCACCACAAUCUUCAAAAUCAUCGUGCGUGCCACGUACACCGGAGAAUGAUGAAAAACUACGCCAAAAAGAGCGUCACCUGAAGACUCUUGGUCUACUAACACACAAAGCUGCCGAUGAAGCCAUCAUGGCCAAACAGAAACGUCGUAAAUUCCUUCACAAUUUAAGUAACAAUAGUAGCUCGAAAAAAAGUACUGGCAAUGUUGCCGCCCAAGCCGGAGGAGCAACAACAGGAAAUGGUCAAACCAAAACUUCCCAAGAAUACACUGGCACUUUGAAGACAAUUAUAAAAAUCAACCGGCAAUCAAGUACUGGCAAUGGUGGUGGUAGUGGUGCGGGUGGCGGUGCCAGUGAGCCCAAGAAGAGUAAGAAUGGCGAAGGAAGUUCAAACAAGGCUAGUACAUCAGGCUAUGGUAAUCGACGUCAAUCUCUAAAGAUGACAUUCCAAAAGGGCCGUGGCCGACCAGCCAAUACAGAAAAGAGUGGAGAAACCCCGGCCAAUACAUCCGGCGACGAUUCCUAUUAUACAAUUCAAAAUGAGGCUCGAGGAGGACCAAAUACAGUUGCAGCAUCUAAUGCAGAAGGAUCUGUUUCAAUACCGACGACUAGCACUCUCGGAAGGAAAACCUACAACAGGUCAAGCACAUUGAACACUACUGAUCCGACGCCACAAACCGAAAAUCAUGAAACAGCAGCAACAAGUAAGAUAACUGAAAAGGAAGAGAUUCUCAUUCCAGAAAAGGCCUCGUCAUUCAAGUUUCAUCCUGGGCGGCUGUGCCAAGAUCAGUGUUAUUAUUGCAGUGGCAAGUUUGGCCUCUAUGACACCCCUUGCCAUGUGGGACAAAUUAAGUCGAUCGAGCGACAGCAAAAAAUUCUUUCAAAUGAAGAAAAACUCACGGUAGAUAAUUGUCUAUGUGACGCAUGUUUCCGCCACGUAGACCGUCGGGCAAAUGUUCCAUCAUAUAAGAAACGUCUAUCGGUACCAGGACGCAUCGAGACCACAACAACAACCACAUCAACCACAUCAACCACAACCACCGCACCUCCCACAGAAAGCCCGCCAGAGCAAGAGAAACCACAGCAAUUGGCAUCAAACUGUUUGGCCGCACAUACCUGUGCUGUGCCUGAAUGUGAUCAAAAAGCAGCCCAUUCUUUGCGUCGCAAGAGCAUAAGGAAGAGCGUUAAGAAAUCUCUGUUGAACUUUGAUAUGUCGACCGCCACCGGGACGUACUUAUACAUAUGUGAUAAGCAUUACGAGGCAGUUGCACAGAGUAGCGGUUGCGUGUUGUGCAAACGUCGAUUGGGCAAGAACAAUAUGUAUCACAUAACAACGGACACUGAUCGACUUGAAAAAGCCCUGGCUGACAUGGGAAUACCAGUUACAAUGGGUCAAUGUACAGCCGUGUGUAAAUUAUGUCGAUAUUUUGCAAACUUGCUGAUGAAGCCGCCAGAACAUGGAAAAAUUCAGAAAAUCGAGUUUGUUAAGAACUAUCGAAAAAGACUCCUUCAGUUCUACAAUGUUCAUGAUAAAAAAGACACAUCGCAGGAAGAGGAAAAGGACAAAGAAAAAUCAUCAAAAAAACAAAAAUCACCCACAACUGUUAUCAAUUUGGAGGAACCAACAGAAACAAUUGAAUUACCUCCAUCUCCAACUCACUCAACAGGUUCAUCUGUGGAAAUGAUCAGUGAUGGAGGCCUCUUUAGUGGAGAUGAAAGUUCGACCGCAAAGAAAUCUUCUGCAGCAGCGGGGAUGACAUCAAAUUCGUCUAGCAAUCAGAUGGUGUUGGAUAAUGACGUCUUGGUUGACUACGAUGUCCCAAUGAUAACAGAUUCAUCCUCAACUGGUUCCUCAAGUUCAACAUCUCCCUCACCACAGAAAAGCUUGCAAGCUACUAAAGACCAACAAUCCAAAUUGAAGGCUAUUCUGCAAAGUGUCGGGACAUCGUUGGAGGAUAGAAAUGACAUUUCGACAGCUCUGCGUUCAAAUCCAAACAUAUCAAUGCGAGAACUGUUCCCCGGCGAGGAAGAUCUCGGCUUACAGUUCAAAGCACCCUUCGGAGGAAGAUCCUCACAACGGACACCCGAAGGCUGGACACGCGUAAACACAUUCCUGCAAUACGAUGCUCCCACGCGGCGUCUGUGGGAAGACCUGCAAAAGCCAUAUGGCAAUCAGUCAAGUUUCCUGCGGCAUCUCAUACUAUUGGAAAAAUAUUAUCGCAAUGGUGAUCUGAUUUUAUCGUCAAAUGCAAGCUCCAACGCCACAGUUUACACCCAAACCGUGCGCAAUCGUCUUACCUCCUUCGACAGCCGCUGCAGCUCCCCAUCGUCUUCAAAGGAAGGUGAAAGUCGACCCCGAAGUGUGUCAGUGGAUAAAAUCCAACGACAGCUGAGUUCCAAUUCUGUGACUAUCAUUGCCCGCCCCAAAGAACAAGCCAAGGAGGCAGACGACACCAAACAAAAAGAACUAAAUACCAGUACUCCUAUAUCAGUGUCUGCCCCAUUAAUCCCCAACAGCCGAAGUAUUCUCAAGGCUAAUGUUGGGGUGCCGAAAGGAAACAGUUCUAUUGAAAUUGUCUCAUUGAACUCCACACCGAAUUCCAAAUCGAAUUCACCUAAAUCUCCCAAUCGGUCAGGCUCAACAACUCCCAAUGAGGGCACAAUGUUGACGAAGCAGCAAAAGAUUCUGGCAGCUGCUAAUAAACUAAUGAGCAACAAGCUAGAGGCUUCUGUUACUCAUAAUAAAAAGACAAUGCUUAACACAACUCCGCCCGAGUUGAUAAGCUUGAAUAAGAGGCCGGCACAACCUGUCAACACUCAGCCUUUGAAGCGACAAUUGCUGCCAAAACCGAUGAAACCGAUUCCUCCAAAUGUGGUGGUCCUGCCUGACACAUUAACAUCCCAGGAACGACUCGAAAGUAAAAGUUGGCGACCGACUCUUCUGCCUGUCACUACAACUUCACAUCAUUUAAACAACCAACAGGGUCCGCUGUAUCAGACCGCGGAUGGAAGGCGUCUUCCUGCUCUGGUGCAAGUCCAAUCUGGUGGAAGACCAUUCCUGAUUUCGAUCCACGACUACAACCGAAUGUGCAUUUUACGAAGGGAGAAACUGAUGCGGGAUCAAAUGCUCAAGGGAAGCAAAGGCAAGGUGAAGGGAAGUAGUAUAUUCCCACCAGCAACUUGUACUUCUAACAACAGCAGUAACAACAACAGCAACAGUACCAACAUCAUCUCUCCUAAACAACUGCUACCGAAUUCGGCCUUGGCGUCUUUCAAUAAGACAAUGCAAGCUGUGAGUGCAGCAGAAAAUGCAGCAAAAAAACAGCGUGUUAUGUUAAAUAAGCCGACUAUUUACACAGCCAUUGCCCCCAAAACUAUCCACACUUCAUCAACAACAAAUACCUUAGUGACCGCUACGUGCACAUCGCAAUCACAAUCUCAAUCUCAGUCCUCCUCUGUGAUUCCUUCAGCUAUUAAUUUAAAGCCAAUUAGUUUACUUUCCUCAGCUCCACCAACUUCAAACUUGUCCCUUCUUCCAAAUUUAUCCGGACAAGCUAUGCCUCUCCUUAAAACUCCCAUCAACCCAACAACAAUGAGUGGAGUUCCCACGAAUUCCUGGCUAUGGAAUAAUUUUCCCGAUCCCAAUCAAAUGCUCAUGAAUGGUAAAACAGUUGCAACUGCUACAGCUACAUCUACAGCAGCCCCCAAGGGACCACAAGCUAUAUAUACAACAACUAUGAAACAGCAAUCGCUAUUGUUGGACAAUAGCCUCAUGUCUAAGAUACCUAAAUCGUUAACGGUCAUACCGCAACAUAAACUAAUGCCAGCAAAUCCUCAAAGCGGACAAAUGCACGGUGCAAGUAUCACAAAAUCAAAAGAAUAAAUUUAUUAUAAUUUGAUAUAAAAGAAAAAGUAAUUAUACUAAAAAAUAUAAAUUAUUAUAGUGCCUAUACACACACAAAUUAAAAAAAAAAACAAAAAUGAACUAAACAGAAAAAUGUGUGAAGGGGAAAACAGGUGAAUUCAAUUUAUUUUUACCCAAUUUUGAUGAUGACUCUGAAUUUCAAAAAAAAAAAACAAAGAGGUACAUAUCUCCAAUUGGCUUGCCCUUUUUUGGUUUUUAUUCGAAUUACGAAAAGGAUUUUCUAUUUUUAUAUAUUUUUUAUUGGAUCAGUAAUUUUUUAAAUUAAUUUUUUAUAUCUUCAAUUUGUUUUAAUUUAAUUUAUUUUAAACUUCUUAAAUAAUCUCUCGGUAAUACGCUCCAGUUUUUCUCGUUCUAAAUUUAGAACCUUGUCGACUGGAGGCUAUCACUGUUGAUCAGCCUCAUUUCGACAGAGAAAUAUUAAGUGGGGCUAUUUUUUGUGUAUGCCUUGGACUGUAAUAUUCAGUUUUUAAAAUUCCCACAGUAUGAGAAAAAAGGUAAUAAGUCAUGAGAAUCGAUUUUCAUUCAAUGAGCUCACAUCUGACUUGUUACAUAGUAAUAAUUAAACCCUAAUAGGUUUGAAAAUAUCUUCGUAAUGUUGAUUCAUCAUAGAUCUGCCUUAAUUUUCUUGAGUCAUGCAUCUUUUUAUAGCUUUUUUACGGAUUCUCAUUGUAAAAUGCUUAGCUCUUGAUUACGUAUGCAUUUUGUAUCUUAAUUAUUCUAAAAAACUUAAAAAUAAAUAAAAGAAUAUUUAUCACUGAAUGCUUACCUGGAACCCAUAUUUCUGAUGAGAUUGAUGUACUGCGCUCAAGUGGGAGUACCGAAUGCACACACAAUUAUUAUUUUUUGACUAUUGUAACCUCUCUGGAUAUUUAUUGACAAAGUUCUAAUCUCGAAAACUCGGUUUAUCAAAAGAUUAUAACUGAUUUAUUUAGCAAGUUCUCAAUCUUCAGUACUUUCAUUUAAAUCAAGUUUGAGAGAGAUAGAACUCCGAUUUAUUAGACCUUCUCAUUUGGGAUUGCAAAACAUUAAAACUCGGUAGCAUGAAUUUAAUAAAUCAAUGGUUAGAACAUUGUUUUAUGAAACCAGUAUUUCAGCCUUUGAAACUCAUUUAUAAAUUUACACCGAGUUCUAAAGGAGUAAUAGAGAUCGAAGAAAUGUCCAAGUUUAAAAGAUUGAGUUUUAAAUUGAUUGUAAUUGUUUUAUAUACAUUUUUCCUUUCUCACGAAGACAAAAAAAAAAACAAAAUUCGAAAAUUAACAUAAAGUGAAAUUUUCACAAAGAAAAUCCUUUUCACUAUUCAAUUGUAAAUAUUUGACCAAACAAAAUAAUCCAAUUAAGAAAAUUGUACCUUAAUGAGAGUUUGUUUUCAUUUAAAAAAAAUAUAUAUAAUUAUAAUAAAUACAAUAGGUUUACGACCUUAUGAAACAUUCAGAAUCUUUACUCAUACACCACACUCACAACAAUACUAUGUUUUUAUUCCUAAGACACUCUAUUAAUUAUUUUUAUUUUUGAAGCUUUUGUUUAAUCGGUUUUUUUUUUUAUUACAUUACACACAUUUAAUAUACAUAUAGAUUCUACUUAAUACAUAUUUAUUAUAAGUUGAAAACUUAAUCAAACAAAAUAUAUUUCGUAUUAUAAAAAAAAAAAAACAAAAAGAACAGAAAUUAUUGCAUUAUAUUUAAAAGAAAGAUAAAAUUAUUGUAUUGUUAUAUUUGGACGAAUUUGUUGAAUUUAAAUUAAAAAUAAUAAAAAAAGAUAAGAACAAAUAAAUUAUAUAUUUUUCACAAUUUGAAAAAAAUAUUUUCAUAUUUCAUUACAAAAACUCCCCGAGAAAAAGUGUUACAAGUAAAAAAAACUGUUAGAUAUAUAACAAAUUUUGUUAAAAUAUUUAUGUAUACAUUCAUACCUUUUAUGCAACAAAAGAAAGAAAGAAAAAAACAAUAUAUAUUAUAUAUAUUUUUAUAUAAGAAAAAUAAGAACUAAUGUUUAAGAAAUAAAGUUAAAAAUAUAUAAAUUUUAGUAUUUGCAAAUUAAUGCAAAAUUAUGGAGAUUACAAAAACCAAAACAUUUAAUCACCCUCAAGUAGUUAUUGAGAAAAAAAAUGCCUUUAAACAAAAGUUAAAAACAAACAAAAAAAAAACAAAACUAAUUAUGUAAAAAAAAAGAAACAAACAAAUAAAAUAUAUUACUUAAUAACUAAAACUGGAAGAUAGUAGAUAGUAAACUUAAGAUACAUUUUGUUUUUCUAAUUUCGUAUCAUUUAUAAAUGGAAGACUUAGUUCUGUUGAAAUUAAAUAAACAAAAUUCUUUAUUUCAAGAAAAAAAAUAAA